AUGAUCCUCUUUCGUAAAUUCCGCGUCUUGCUAUUGAUGGUCUUUCUCGUCGCAUGCACCAUGCACAUCAUGAUAGACCUGCUGCCCAAGCUGGAGAGGCGUGCGGCGGGUGCGGAUCCCUCCAACACCGCCUGUUCGUGCGCGCAUGAGCCGCAGCAGCAGCAGCAGCAGCGCGCAGCAGGACAAGCCGCCUGGAACAACAAACACACGCUCCGGAUCCUCCAGGACUUCAGUAACGAGCCAGGCUCGAACCUGACCUCGCAGAGUCUGGAGAAGGUCGCGGCCGGGGAGAAGCCCGAGCUUUUGGGAGUCAAGGGGCUCGUAGUGGAGUCGGAGGAGCGGAGGAGUCUGAUGAAGCAGGCUGGGAAUGAAGGUGGGAAGCGGGGGGCGAGAGGGACGUCCAGACUCGCCGCUCUGUACGAACAGCCGCUGUAUAGAAUACAACUACCGGGACUUACCGACGAGGACACGCUCUUUAACAUCAACACAGAUAUACGAUUUUACCCCAAAGCUACUGGGAACCAGGAAUGGCACAACGGGGGCAACGAAGAAGAGGAAGAGUUCAGCCCGACAGGAGAGGCUAACGCUGAGUCAUAUCCGAACUGGCUUCGCUUCCACAUCGGAAUUAACCGUUACGAGCUGUAUUCCAGGCACAAUCCGAUCGUCGAGGCCCUGCUUAAGGACCUGCAGUCCCAGAAGAUCACAAGCGUAGCUAUGAAGUCGGGCGGCACUCAACUGAAACUCAUCAUGACAUUUCAGAACUACGGACAAGCUCUCUUCAAGCCAAUGAAGCAAACCAGAGAUCAAGAAACGCCCCCGGAUUUCUUCUAUUUCUCCGACUUUGAGAGACACAAUGCUGAAAUUGCAGCAUUCCAUCUCGACAGAAUUUUAGAUUUCCGGCGGGUUCCACCGGUGGCCGGCAGGCUAGUGAAUAUGACACGUGAGAUUAGAGACGUGACCCGUGACAAAAAGCUCUGGCGGACGUUCUUCAUCUCCCCAGCCAACAACAUCUGCUUCUACGGCGAGUGCUCCUACUACUGCUCCACCGAGCACGCCCUGUGUGGCAAGCCUGACCAGAUCGAGGGCUCCCUGGCCGCCUUCCUCCCUGACCUGACCCUCGCCAAGCGCAAGACCUGGAGGAACCCCUGGCGCCGCUCCUAUCAUAAGCGCAAGAAAGCUGAGUGGGAGGUGGAUCCAGAUUAUUGUGAUGAGGUAAAACAGACUCCGCCCUACGACCGUGGCACUCGUUUGCUGGAUAUCAUGGACAUGACCAUCUUUGACUUUCUUAUGGGCAACAUGGACCGUCACCAUUACGAGACUUUUGAGAAGUUUGGAAAUGAGACAUUCAUCAUCCAUCUAGACAAUGGCAGAGGGUUCGGGAAACACUCACAUGAUGAAAUGUCCAUCUUGGUGCCUUUGAUCCAGUGCUGCAGGGUGAGAAAGUCCACCUACCUGCGACUUCAGCUUUUAGCUAAAGAGGAAUACAAACUAAGUUCGCUGAUGGAGGAGUCUCUUCUGCAUGACUACCUUUCCCCCAUUCUCAUCAGGCCACACCUGCAGGCUCUGGACCGUCGUCUUCGGAUGGCCCUCAACGUGCUGGCCAAUUGUGUAGAGAAGGAGGGCUACAGCGCCAUAGUGGAGAACGACAUUGAGCCUCGCCAGAACCCCGGGGCGAGGUAGUGGAGCCCAGACAUACAAAUCAUCCUCGGGCACCUGAGAGCGCUUGAGAUGCAUCUUUGAAUUCAGUGAAUUCCCAGAGA